AUGGGGGUUCCAUCACAAAGACCACGACUUCCGCCCUCCAAGCUCGCCCGCCUCGCCUCGCCCAAGUCCCCUUCGCACGCCCGCGACGACCAACACAAGUCUCCCAAAACGCCGCAGUCCGCGGGCGUGCCGUCCUCGCCCACGUCCCCCGCCCCACACACACCCAAGAUACCCAAGAGUCCGCCGGCGACACCCACACCCGCGCAGGAAACAGUGAAGGGCAUCCCCGAGACGCCCGAGUCGCCGGCCUCGACGCCGCACGUCAACGGCGACGUGCUGGUGGCGCCCGACCCGACUUACUGGUACCAGCGGAACCCCCUGGCGGACGAGAUAUUCAUCACCGACGUGACGGCCAACCUGAUCACGGUGACCAUCCGCGAGUGCAAGACGCGCCAGGGCUUCUUCAAGGGCUCUACGGACGAGAACCAGAACUCGCAGUCGUCCAUCAAAUGA